UGGAAUAACUUUUUUAACCAUAAAAUAUGCUAGCAAGAUAUCCAAGAAGAUUCUUCAGCGGAGCCAAGAAAUUAAGUUAUGCUUGUGGAACUUCUGACAUUCCACUGAGUAGUGAAACCAUCGGAGGAAUGCUUAGAAGGCAAGCUAAUGAAAGGCCGGAUCAUCCUUUCCAGGUCUUUUACCAAAAAGGAAUUGAGUACACUUAUAAAGAAUUUGAUCAGAGGGUUGACGAGAUUGCCAAAGGCUUUAUCGCCCUUGGUCUCCAGCCUGGUGACAGAGUCGGAAUGUAUGCUUACAACCGUCCUGAAUGGUCCCUGACGCAGUAUGCAUGCGCCAGAGCCAAUCUGAUCCUGGUGAAUGUGAACCCAGCUUUCCAGACUGAUGAUCUUGAGUAUGCUCUGAACAAAGUCGGAAUCAAGUGACUGGUUAUGCAAGAGCAGUUCUCUCACUCUCACUAUGUAGAUAUUGUCAGACACUUGAUUCCUGAACUUGGAGCUGAUGGAACUACUCGAGUCAAUAGUGACUUGGUUCCAGCACUCGAACAUGUAAUUGUGACUGGGUCGAAGCGACACAAAGGCAUGCUCAAUUUCAAGGAGCUCUAUUCGAUAUACGCGAACAGAGAUGCUGAUGAAAUGCAGCACAGAGAAGCUGAAGCUGACUUCGAAGCCCCAGUCAACAUCCAGUUUACAUCUGGUACAACAGGGUUUCCGAAAGGUGCCACUCUCACACACCACAACCUGAUCAACAAUGCGCUGUUCCAUGGACUUGCUGCAGAAAAUGAUGCAGACACCAGGCUGUGCAUUUCAGUCCCGCUGUAUCACACAAUGGGCAUGGGGAUGGGUAACCUCUCGAUGCUUGUGCAUGGCGGGACCUCAGUAUAUCCAAUGGAAGGGUUUACCCCUGACAUCAGCUUGCAAGCCAUUGACAAAUACAAUUGCAAUUCAGUCAUCGGAGUGCCGACAAUGUUCACAUACCUUGUCAAAGAACAUAAAGACAAUCCUGGAAAGUACAACAUAGCCGAUUUGUCCAGAGGGGUCAUGGCUGGCUCGAUCUGUUCGGAAGAACUUCUCCGAAAGUGUGAAAGCAUUCUGGGGAUCGACUACGUAUCGGUUUCAUAUGGAAUGUCGGAGACUUCGCCAAUUUCGUUUCAAGUCAGACGUGACGCUCCUCGCGACAAGAAGAUCUCAACAGUCGGAACCAUCCUGCCUCACACAGAAGGCAAAGUCAUCGACGACAAAGGGUUCACAGUCCCAGUGGGUCAGAAAGGAGAAAUCUGCACUAGAGGCUACUUGGUCAUGGACGAGUACUUUAACGACCCCGAGAAGACUGCAGAGACCGUCACGCCGAGAGGCUGGGUGCUGACUGGAGAUCAAGGAAUCAUGGACGAAGAGGGGUAUUUGGAAAUCGUUGGGAGAGUCAAGGAUCUGAUUAUCAGAGGAGGAGAGAACGUGACUCCUAAGGAAAUCGAGAACAUUUUGCUAGAGCAUCCUGAAGUACAAGAUUGUCAAGUCAUCGGAGUUCACGAUGAAGUAAUGGGUGAAGAAAUUAUGGCUUGUAUCCAAAUGGACAAUCCAAAUCAUGUUCUAAGUAGAACUGAUGUUUAUGAGUUCCUUCAUGGACACAUUGCUCAUUUCAAGAUUCCUAAAUAUGUUAGAAUUGUCAAAGAAUUCCCUCUCACUGUCACAGGGAAGAUAAAGAAGAAUGUUAUGAGAGACGAAGCAAAUAAGAUCCUUAAGGAGGUUCAUCCAGACAAUUGGGAGUAUGAUCAUGACAUAUAUGUAUAA